AGAAAAUAUUGAGUGUUGUACAAAAACAUCAAUAAAUUUCACCUUCAAUUUGGUUGGUUUUGAAAUUUGUUGAAACAAGCUUGUCUGUGUGUGUGUCUUAAAGAGGUUGAAAUAGUCAGAAGUUGAAAGCUUUGAAGAUCGUGAUCCAGCUUAAUCUACAACCACUUUUCCAAUUAUAUAUCCACAACAACCAUGUCAGAUCUUCAACCUGAUCACUAUAGGGAUUUAUUGACAUAUCAUGGUGCUUUGAAACAGUUCCUGAGUGUAUCAAAUGCUUCAGCUAAGGCAAACCCCAAAAGAGCCGCUAAGGCUAGAGAAAAAUUAUUAAAAUUAUCUGCAACUCAAUUUUAUGAAUUAAGCACUGAUGUUUUUGAUGAACUUGAAAGAAGAAUUGAUGAAUCAAGAGAAGAACCAGAUUUUUUACUGCCAAAGUCAACUUUCCAUCCUAAAAGAAAUGAAGCUAGAGAAAAAUUGGGUUCUUUACAACAAGGCAGAUUUAGAGAUUUGGUUAGUGAUAUUUUUUAUGAAAUUGAAAGAAGAGACUAUCAUAAAACUCAACAACGUGCUUCAUAUCACUCUUUUGAUUAUGGUGGUCAAAGAAGUUCAAAAGGUUCAAAUCUUAAUAAUGAUCUUAAUCCUUCUCCAGCUAAUGGUAACAUCAACAAGAAUGGUGUCGUUGGUUUACAAUCAACAACGGUGAUCCCAACUAAAGCUGAACUUGCAUGGAGUAGUGAUGAAGGAGAGGAUAUGGAUGAAAAGAACAAUGAUAAACAACAUACAAUAAUACAAAAUCAGAAAUCAUUUUCACCAUCAACAUCAUCACCAUACCAUAGCCCUCAAAAACAACAACAAUAUCAUCAACAUCAACACUCCACGGACUAUCAACAAUUACAAUCAAGAUCAAAUAGAAAUAGUGAUUUAUCCUCAAGGAAUCGUAAUAGUAAUCCUUCAGAUAAAGAUGUUCUUUCGGAAAUGGUUGACUCCGCUCCAAAGCAUUCAACAGCUCAAGUUAAUCGUGGAUUAUCAUUAUCUAAAACAAGAAAUAAAGAUAGAGAGAUUGAGUUGUUAUUGGAAGAAGGUACAAAGAUGGAUCAAACUAUAACUCAACUUGAACAAAAAAUUGCAUUAUUACAAAGUAAGUCUGAUAAAUUUGAAAAUGAAACAAAAGAUUUGAAUAAAAUAAAUCAAAAUCUUAGCUCAAAAGUUUCAUCAUUAGAAGGUGAUUUAUCAAACAAAAUUGAACAAUUGAAGCAAUUGGAACAAAAUCAAAAAUCAAGAUCUCUCGAUGACGAUAAUGAUAAACUUCCACCAACUAGAAAUUUACAAGUUGACACAAAUUCUGGUAAAAUUGAUCAAUCAGCGUUGGAUGAAUUGAAAAAUGAAGUGUUGGAUUGGAGAACUAAAUUUGAAAAUUUGAAAUUGCAAAAAAUUGAAGAUUUGUUAUCAAUUAAAACCAUUUCACAAAGUUCAAUUUCUAAUCUAUUGGACAACAAUGGAUUAAUCCCGUUAAACUUAGUUAAUAUUUUGCAUAAAUCAAUUGAAUCAUUUUUGAUUUCAUUAAAUAAAGAUAAAUCAGCCAAAUCCAAAACUGAUGUGAAUACUUUAUUUGAUCAUAUUUCCAAAAUUUCAAAUAUUUCAGGGAAAAUUGCAAGUUUUGCACCUCAUUCUGACAAAGCUGAAUUGAUACGAGCUUCAAUCUCUCAUUCAAUUACAUCAGCAAGGUAUUAUGCUCUUUAUUCAGAGUUUUUGCCAAAGCUGGUUGUUGAAAGUGCAGUAAGUGAAAUUGCUUUUAGUGUUUGUGAUUUGAUUUCUGAAGUUAAACUUAAUAAAGAUGAUUCAAAAUAUAGUGCAUCUGAAUUUGAACUUCCAAAUACAGCUCUAAAUGGUGAUGAAGAUGUUUCAAAUGAAAUUUCACCUGUUAGACCUUUGAGAAUGACAAAAAAAAGUUUUGAAAGUCCGUCAUCGAAAAAUGAACAUAACACUACAACUUCUUCAACAACUCCAAGACCUUUGAACUUAACCUUCAACUCUCAAGGUAACAAUAUAUCAACACCAUCAACUUCAAAGAAACCUUAUCAAGGGUUAAAUGGAUUGACUUCACCAAUUACAUCAGCUAAGAAAAUGGAAUUUGGUAACAAGAUUUCACCAUCAUCCUCUUCAAGAGAUUUAAAAUCUAAUAAUGAUGCAUCAGGAAGUAAUCCAUCUACUCCAACUACUACUACUGCAACAAUGAAGAAAAAUGCUUUCCCAUCAGUUAUUUCAAGAUAUUCUCCAGAAUCUGAUAGAAAAAGCCCUGAAAGUAAUACAACCACUGCACCUUCACUGAGAAAAUCAUCUUCAAGUAAUAUUUUAUCAAAAGUUAGACAAUUUGAACAACAAGGUAAUGGUAAUGGAACAGUUUCACCUCAAAGAUCUGUUGUUAGUCCAUUUUCUGAUAGCAAAUUUGGUAGUGGAGUGAGAAGAACUAGUGUUGAUAGCCAACCUGAAUCAAUCGAGGUCCCAAAAGAGUCGAAUGAUUUCAAACGUCCAGCUGAAACAGUGAAAACAACAGAUGUUAAAAUGAAUGAUUCUUUGAAAACUUCAAAUGAAGUUCCAGAAGUGAAGAAUGUUGAGGAAAAUAUUGAUAAGAACACCAAUCAAGUUUCUAAUCAACCAACAUCAAAAGAUUCCAAAAUAUCAUCGUUGCCUAUUCCGGUUGAAGCAAAAGGGAUUAAUUAUGAUGAUGGAGAAGAUGAUGACGAUGAUGACGAUGAGGUCGAUUUCACUUCUAUUGAUAAAUUGAAAGGUGCAAUCAAGAAGAAUGCUGAUUUAAAACCAAAACCUUUAAAAGAUGAGCUAGAGGAACCUAUUGCUGUUGAAGAUAGGGCACCAAAAGAAGAAGAUGAUGAUGAAGAUUUAAAUGAACUGCCUAAUGAGGAAGAAUAUAACAAUGUGGAAAACAAAACUGCCCAAAACCCUUCAGAACUCAACAAGGAUGUGAUUUCAAAAGAACUUAGAGGUGAUGGGUUAGAACAUCACAAUGGAAAUGAUGGUUUGAAGAUUGAGCGUAAACAAUUAAACCAGGCUUUUGUUGAACCUCCAAGUAAUUUAGCUGCUUCAUCCAAAUCUAUUGAACCACCAAUUGAUAACACAGUCAAAUCAUUAAACCUUGGAGAGCAUAAAGCAACAAGUAUUAUUGAAGAAAAUUUGAACCCGAAUCCAAAAUCCUCAGAUAAUGGAGCUCAAAUUUCACAAGAUGAUUUUAAAUCUGCACAUGAAGCUGUCCUUUCUGAAGAUGAGCAAGAUGAAGAUGGACAUGAUGUUCAACUGAAGUCUCAAGGUACUACAACAGAUGUUAAAUCAAAUGGAAGAAAUUAUAGAAGUGAAGGACGUGAUUUGGAGGAAGAUUUUGAUGUUGGGCAAUUUGAUAUUGAAGAUCCAGAUAAUACGUUAUCGGAGUUGUUGUUAUAUCUUGAGCAUCAAACAGUUAAGGUUAUUUCUACUAUUCAAACAUUAUUGACAUCUAUCAAAGCUGCUGACUCUACAAAGGGAGAAUUAAGAUCAGGAUCAAGAGCUAUCAAUGCUGUUGUUUCACAGAUGGUUGAUGCUACAAGUAAUUCUAUGAAUCAAAGUCGUAAUGGACAAUUAAGAGAGCAUGGUAUUUGGGUUGUUCAAAGUUUAGAAGAUUCAGGUAGAAGAAUGGAUAUGCUGUGUAAUUCAUCUAGUAAAGAUGGAGAAGAUAAUGAAGAUGAUAAUGAGGAUUAUGCAGAUAAACAUUUCAAACAAAGAUUAACAGGUAUUGCAUUUGAUGUUGCCAAAUGCACGAAAGAGUUGGUGAAGACCGUUGAGGAAGCUAAUCUGAAGGAAGAGAUUGAACAUCUGGAUGCUAGAUUGGGACAUUAAAUUGGAU